AUGGUGGUGGUGAACUUCGGGAAGCGUUCUGGUUCCGCCUGGGCCGGUCAGGUCGUUGCAGCUAAAGACACGGUGGUUUCCCUCGGCGUCACGCCGAGCUCCAAGGCCAUCGUGGGCUUGUACCGCAUGUACGUGGCCGAGAAGGACCCCAACACCAACUUUACCUGCUGUUCAACCCCUGGAACCAGGUACAGCGAAGUAAUGAGCUUCCUGUGGGAGUUUCCUGUUUCCAAAGGUGAGGUCCGACGGGCCGCAGAUCCCAGCGAAUCUGCCCUUAACAUUCAGAGCUUGUCGUCGCAGUUUGAGGAAGGCGUCCUGGACGCCUGUAUUUACAUCAUGGACGCCUGCAGGAUGCCGAUCCAUAACCGCGGCGACGUGGUCAAAAUGGUUCGUACUGCAUCUGCUCUGAUCAACUCCCAGGACGACAACGGAGUGUUGAUCGGGAACUGGAGCGACGACUUCUCCAUGGGAACGCCGCCAACGACCUGGACGGGAAGCGUCAGCAUCCUGCAGAAGUACCACAACUCCGGAGCGCCGGUGUCAUUUGCUCAGUGCUGGGUGUACGCCGGCGUCCUGAACACCUUCCUGCGAUGCCUUGGGAUCCCAUCAAGAGUCGUCACCAACUUCAACUCAGCCCACGACAACACGGGCAACCUGAAGACCGAACUCAUCUUCAAGCCAGACGGCACGCCUGACAGACACAAGACCCAGGACUCCAUCUGGAACUUCCACUGCUGGAACGAGGCAUUCAUGAAGCGAGUGGAUCUUCCACCGAAGUACUCCGGAUGGCAGGUGGUGGAUGCGACUCCGCAGGAGACCAAUGACAGAUAUUUCCGUUGCGGUCCGGCGCCGGUCAUUGCCAUCAGGGACGGUGAGCUGUGUCACCCCUUCGACUGUCGCUUCGUCUUCGCUGAGGUGAACAGCGACCUGAUCCACAUGAAGAGUGACAAAUAUGGCAACAUGACUCCAUUCAAGGUGGACACGUCUUAUGUUGGACAGUUCAUUUACACCAAGUCAUUGAGCAGCUGGAGACCUGAGGACAUCACCAGGACCUAUAAGCAUCCAGAAGGUCUUCUUACUCAGCUUUAUAUGUCAUGUGAUCAAAGAUUAGCACAGGAAGGUGACUGGAGAAAAUGUGAAUCUGCAGGGAGUCUGGCAGAUCAGCAGACCAUGGCUCUGGCUGAGCAGUACGGAUGUUCUAGAGACCGCUCUGACUGGCCUGCGUCCAGCCUGUCCAUCCAGAUUGCAACUCAAGCCUCCUACUAUCUCAAGGGCUACGUGGGGGAUCCUCUGAGGGUUUCAGUGACUUUUUACAACCAAAGUGAGACUAUAAAAUCUGUGAAAGUUUACAUGGAGAUCAGCUCCACCUACUACACCGGCGUGGUCGCAUCAGACCCACUGAAAGUCGAGGACUUCAGGAUUGAUCUGGACGCCUUCCAGAGUAGCAUUAAGAUGUUUGAGCUUUCGCCUCAGGAGUACGUCUCUCAGCUGGGCUCUAACAGCAACCUGGAGGUCACUGUGACCGGACAAACCGAUGAUGUGGAGGUGUCAGAGGUCAAGACCAUCGCCCUGAAGCUUCCACCGCUGAACAUAACACUGAGUGGGCGGCCUCAGGUGAAUCGUGACAUGUACGUCAUGGUUUCCUUCACUAACACCUUGGGGUUCCCCCUGACCGACACCAAGCUGGCCAUGGAGGGAGCCGGGCUGCUGGAGACUCAGCUCUACAACUACAGGACGAUUCCUCCUAUGGGCCAAAUAUCCCACAAGGUCGGGUUCAGACCCACGAAGCCCGGACUCCAGACUCUCCUGGUGGUGCUGGACUGCGACAACCUGCCCGAUAUGAUGGCAAUGGUGGAAGUCAAGGUCAUGCCGUAA